AUGAACUCCGAAGCCUGGAUUCCGGAUUUCGUGGUGGCCGUGGACUUUGGAAUGACAUGUACAGGUGUCGCCUACUCCUACGCACCAGACUGGCCCAGCCCCAAAGCCCUCCAACAAUGGCCAGGGAUAGGCAAAACAAACCUAGCCAACAAAGUCCCCAGCCAAUUGAUCUACCACCCCGAUUCCAGCGUCGUACGAUCCUGGGGCUUCCAAUGCAUCGCAGAGCGCGAUGCGCCAGAAGUCGACAUCAAGCAGGACUUCAAGCUCAAUCUAGAUCCCCAAUUCAACGACACCCGCCCCGAUGUGCCGACCUGCCACGACGCUAUGCGCUGGUUCCAGGACUACAUCCUGUGCAUCUACCGCUACGCGGUCACGCAUCUCGCGCGGGGGUUCCCGCGCUUCAUGUCCCGCCGCGUGGAGUUCAUCUUCAGUGUUCCGACGACAUGGAAGGAUCCGCGGAUGGUUGCCCGAUUGCGGGAGUCGGUUAUUUUGAAUUCGCCCAUGCACAGGGCCACUAUAGGGUUGACGGAGGCGGAGGCCGCGGCCGUGUAUGCUAGUGGGCAUCACUAUCAGAAGGAUGAUGUGAUUCUGAUAUGCGAUGCUGGCGGCGGUACGAUGGAUGUUAAUAUACUGAAAUUGCUCUCGGUGCCGGGGGAACCGACCGUGUUUGCGCCGCUCGGCUUAGUUGAAGGUGAGGCGAGUGGGUCUGUGAUGAUCGAUAUAGGAGCCCACCAGCUCCUAUGCGACAAGCUGGAGCAGAUCAGUACUGUGCUGCCACUUCCGGCUCGCGAGCUUGCGCGCCAAACGUUGGAGAAUGGGUUUGAAGAUUAUAAGUGCUCCUUCGGAGCUGCGGGGUCCAAGGCGGAACCGUUGCUGCUUGCAAUACCGGGCUUAGACGAAGGCUCCAGCUUCCCCGGCAUCGGCAUUGAGAAGGGCUUGAUUGCAUUUAGCCAAGAAGAGCUAAAGGGACUCUUUGAUCUGCGCGUCAAGGAGAUGCAGGGUCUAUUGGAUGAACAGAUUCGUCGGCUGAAGCGAAGUCAUCCGUUUGAAAAAAUUUCCUUCAUCGUUCUUUCCGGCGGAUUCGGCAGCUCACCGUAUAUAAGAAAAAGCCUCUGCGACAGAUACGAGGAUGCAUACGCCAUCACAAACGCCAUGCACGUCCUGACAGUAGACGAACCACAACUCGCCGUAGUCCACGGCCAAGUAAUGAACCGAAUCCACCAACUAAAACAAGGCAGCCACACCCUCCAAUCACUCUUCAGCCGCGUCAGUUACGGCGUCAUCUGCGACCAGCCGUACGAUCCAAACCGGCACACAGGGGAAAGCGUCCGCCGCGACAAAUUGGAUAAAAGGAUGUACGCGGUCCAGCAGAUCGACUGGAUGGUUCGACAGGUCUGUCUGCGCUACUCACCCACCCACUACACCGACGUUCAUUCCAAACCAAACCAAACCCCCCUCCAUUUCCAUCUCCAUUUCAAAUCACAUGCCAGCACUAAACUGACACACCACUGCGAGAAACAGGGCGACCCGGUCCCCCGCGAAGGCGUAACGCAAGUCUUCCGACGCAAGAUCUACGCGCACGAGAUGAACAAGCCCUGGCUAGCGCAGAUCGUGAUGUCGACGCUAGCGAAGGACAAGCUUCCGCAAAGCAUGUCGCGGACCGGGGCGGAUUUGAUCUGUAAUAUUAAAGUUGAUAUGAGUAGUGUGGAUCGGACGGCGAAGAAUAGUCGCUGGUACCAUCUCAAGGAGAAGUACUAUGAGGCGGUGAUUAAUCUCAAGGUGAUUGUGGGCCCGACGGACCUUCAGUUUGAGCUUUGGAAUGUGAAUGGGGGCAGGAUUCGGGGCGAGACGCAUGAUCCUGUUAGUGUGGUGUGGGAGCCUGUGCAGGAGAAGAUGGAGGAUGUUAGGGAGGAUGAGAGGAAGAGGGAGAAGCCGCCGACUGAGCUUGUGGGGUGGGAGCCGUCGCCUGCUGAGCUUGUGGCUUGA